AUGGGUGUAGAUUCCAGACGCAGAAGGGAUGGUGGUUCCAGAUCUGGAAUGGGUGUAGAUUCCAGACGCAGAAGGGAUGGUGAUUCCAGAUCUGGAAUGGGUGUAGAUUCCAGACGCAGAAAGGAUGGUGAUUCCAGAUCUGGAAUGGGUGUAGAUUCCAGACGCAGAAGGGAUGGUGAUUCCAGAUCUGGAAUGGGUGUAGAUUCCAGAUGCAGAAGGGAUGGUGAUUCCAGAUCUGGAAUGGGUGUAGAUUCCAGAUGCAGAAGGGAUGGUGAUUCCAGAUCUGGAAUGGGUGUAGAUUCCAGACGCAGAAAGGAUGGUGAUUCCAGAUCUGGAAUGGGUGUAGAUUCCAGACGCAGAAGGGAUGGUGAUUCCAGAUCGAGAGAAGGAGAGGAGAUUCCACAUCCGAGAUGGGUGGAGAUUCCAAGUGCGGAAGGGAUGGCGAUUCCAGAUACGGAAUGA